CUUUGUCUGCAGAAUCGCGGUCUUUACCAUGCAUGGAGAGUAUUGCAAGAUCGUUGAUCGUGGUGCCUUCCAUUGUGCCACCUCAGCAACCGCCUGACAGCCAAGAUCAUACGCAGCCGGACUUAACAACCCUUCAGAGCAUUGACCUGCAAAGUGACUUCGAAAUUUCGAAUGAAAUAAUCGCAAAUGAUUGCGAUUACCAACCGCAAGACGUCAACCAAUUGUCUAUCUUUGAUUUUUUGGACGAUAGUGACAAAAGUUUGCUGAACAACUUAAUGGGCCCCGACUGCUACGAAACCAGCGAAUUCGUUGCGAAUACAACGGACAUGCAAGUCAGAAGUAAUGUGUUAUCGGGUCAUUGAC